GUCGCCGCCGCCGCGGGUCCCGCGCCGCGUCCAGCCCGACCCCGGCCCGACCCCGGCCGGCUCCGCCCGCCCGGCCCCGGGGAGGGAUGCGGCGGCGCGGCGCCCAGGAUGCCCCGCAGCCCCGGGACGCGCCUCAAACCCGCCAAGUACAUCCCGGUGGCCACGGCGGCCGCGCUGCUGGUCGGCUCCAGCACCCUCUUCUUCGUGUUCACGUGCCCAUGGUUGACGAGAGCUGUGUCCCCAGCUGUUCCUGUAUACAAUGGCAUCAUCUUCCUCUUUGUCCUUGCCAACUUCAGCAUGGCUACCUUCAUGGACCCUGGCGUCUUCCCCCGAGCGGAUGAGGACGAGGACAAGGAGGAUGACUUCCGGGCCCCACUGUACAAGAAUGUGGACGUGAGGGGAAUCCAGGUCCGCAUGAAAUGGUGUGCCACGUGCCACUUCUACCGUCCGCCACGCUGCUCACACUGCAGCGUCUGUGACAACUGCGUAGAGGACUUUGACCAUCACUGCCCCUGGGUCAAUAACUGCAUUGGGCGUCGCAACUACCGCUACUUCUUCCUGUUCCUGCUGUCACUCAGCGCACACAUGGUGGGUGUCGUGGCCUUUGGCCUGGUCUAUGUGCUAAACCACGCUGAAGGGCUGGGAGCUGCCCACACCACCAUCACCAUGGCUGUCAUGUGUGUGGCUGGCCUCUUCUUCAUUCCUGUCAUCGGCCUCACUGGCUUCCACGUGGUGCUGGUCACUCGGGGGCGCACCACCAACGAACAGGUGACUGGGAAGUUCCGCGGGGGUGUGAACCCCUUCACCAGAGGCUGCUAUGGGAACGUGGAGCACGUGCUAUGCAGCCCCCUGGCGCCCCGGUACGUGGUGGAGCCACCCCGGCUGCCGCUCUCCCUGAGCCUGAAGCCACCCUUCCUUCGGCCUGAGCUCCUGGAGCGAGCUGCACCUCUCAAGGUCAAGCUUAGUGACAAUGGGCUGAAGGCAGGCCUGGGCCGAAGCAAGUCCAAAGGCAGCCUGGACCACCUGGAUGAGAAGCCACUGGACCUCGGACCACCACUGCCUCCCAAGAUAGAGGCCAGCACCUUUGCAGGAGACCUGAAGAGCCCAAGACCUGGCAGCGCUGAGAGUGCCCUAUCAGUGCAGAGGACCAACCCACCAACUCCUGCCAUGUACAAGUUCCGUCCUGCCUUCCCCACUGGCCCCAAGACAACCUUCUGUGGGCCUAGCGAGCAGGUCACAGGCCCUGAUUCCCUGACCCUGGCAGAUGACAGCACCCACAGCUUGGACUUUGUGUCUGAGCCCAGCCUGGACCUCCCAGACCUUGGGCCUGGUGGCCUACACUCGGCCUACCCGCCGUCCCCACCUCUCAGCGCCACUGAUGCCUUCUCGGGCGCUUUGCGCUCCCUGAGUCUCAAGGCUGCCAGCCGGAGGGGUGGGGACCAUGUGGCCCUACAACCCCUGCGCUCUGAGGGUGGGCCCCAUACGCCCCACCGUGGCCUCUUUGCACCCCAUGUGUUGCCCAAUCGAAAUGGCAGCCUGUCCUAUGACAGUCUGCUUAACCCUGGCUCCCCUGGUGGCCAUGCCUGCCCGGCACACCCCUCUGUUAAUGUGGCCGGCUAUCACUCACCCUACCUGCACCCUGGGGUGGCAGGUGACCCACCUCGGCCCCCGUCCCGUAGCUUCAGCCCUGUGCUGGGACCCCGGCCUCGCGAGCCCUCUCCUGUGCGCUAUGAUAACCUGUCACGGACCAUCAUGGCCUCCAUCCAGGAGCGCAAGGACAGGGAAGAGCGAGAGCGGCUGCUGCGCUCCCAGGCGGACUCUCUCUUUGGCGACUCUGGAGUCUAUGACACACCCAGCUCCUACAGCCUCCAGCAGGCCAGUGUGCUGUCGGAGGGUCCCCGUGGCUCAGUGCUGCGCUACGGCUCCAGAGAUGACCUGGUGUCUGGGCCUGGCUUUGGUGGCGCCCGCAACCCUGCCCUGCAGACAUCACUGUCCUCUCUGUCGAGCUCUGUGAGCCGAGCACCUCGGACAUCCUCUUCCUCCUUGCAGGCUGACCAGGCCAACAACAAUGCCCCAGGGCCUCGGCCAGGCAGUGGCUCACACAGGUCACCUGCACGCCAGGGUCUGCCCUCCCCACCAGGCACUCCCUGCUCGCCCCCCUACUCGGGUCCCAAAGCUGUCGCCUUCAUCCACACGGACCUCCCGGAACGGCCACCCUCGCUGACUGUGCAAAGGGACCACCCUCAGCUGAAGACCCCCCCAAGUAAGCUUAAUGGUCAGUCCCCAGGCCUGACCCGCCUGGGGCCUGCUGCUGGCCCCGUGGGGCCCUCCGCCAGCCCUGCCCGGCACACGCUGGUUAAGAAGGUGUCCGGCGUGGGUGGGACUACGUACGAGAUCUCGGUGUGAGAACUGACUGCCACUCAUUCACCAUGGCGCCUCGGGGACCAGGAACCCCACGGCCGCUUCCCCCAUCCCCACCGGCUUCUCUGCCCCAGGGAGAUGAGGCUGCCCAUGCCUGGUGUGGACGCAUCCGCAGGAGAGAGAGCCCUGCCUCCACAAGCGUAUCCCCAUGCCCUGGACCUAGCCACCCAUUCAUCUGCUCAUGGGACACAGGUUCCCAGGCGAGGCUGUGGGUCUGUGCCGCUGCUGGUGCACUGACGGGGGACCUCGGCUGCUUCCUCCAUCAGCCAAGCUCAACCUUGCCAUCCAUCACCCACCCUUGUCUCUCCCCAGGCCCACAGUCCCUUGAUCCACCACUCCCCCUUACAGAUCUGAACCUCUGACACCCUGCUGUCCCGGCUGUUCCUAACGCAUUGCCUUUCACUGAUCUGGCUGGCAGCUUGUAGUUUGGCAAGGCCGAUGCUUCUGUAGGGGGUGCGGCCCUUACCUGCUCUGGGUUAUGUUAUGAUAGGUGGGUGGACAGACAGACAUCCAAUAAUGGCAGGAGUCCUAGCUCCAUGGUGUCCAGUCUCGCCCGGCCGCUGGGUUUGUGUCCCCGUGUCUGUGUGCUGUGCUGCUGUGCCAUGUGUUAGCGCUCGGCCAAUGCUGUCCAUUUCAUCGAAGCCUUAACUGCUUUUAUGCUCUUGUGGGAGGCCGUGGGUGGCAGGUGGGAGCAGCAUGGGUGCUGCCAUGUGGCUGCCCCAGGGGGACGGAGAGACCUGGUGUCCCCUCUCAAGCCCUCAGGCCCUCCCUGCCAAACUGGAGAAUCCUCAACCCCCCAAGGCGUACAAAGUCCCCGGCCCUGGCCCAGCCCGGCCAGCGCCGUGUGGAAAGCACAUCGGGGAGGGGGGCAGGGCUCCCCCUCAUGUCAGGGACCUGAGUAAGCACAUGGCAGUGUCUGCUUGCGUUGUCUGUUUUAUGUUUUUAUAUUUACAUCUAUAUAUCUAUAAUUUUAUUAAAAAAAGAAAA